UCAGUCUUCUCACCCAACAACAACAACAAUAACAACAAGUGCUGUGAUCUUAGUUGAUAUUAGUCAUGAAAAGUUUGCGCUACAGCGCUGUUUGGAUUAAAGAAAGAUGGUGGUUAUGUGGUCAGCGAGUCUUCCAUCAUAGAGUGUCAGCAUCAAGUGAUCUCUCAUGUCCUCCAGAGACAAACGACUCUACUAUUUCCUCUCCAUUAAUUAUAAGUGCCAACAGAACCCAUGAUUCACAGAGAACAAUACCAUAUAUACGAACAGCUCUGGGUGUAGGGGCUGGAUUUUUAAUUGGCGCUACAAUAAAGGCCAUUUAUGACAGUAUAUCAAAACCUAAUGAACUAUUUCAAGGAAUCCCUUCUGUUUGUGCUGCAAGUCCUUUCUCAGUGGUUGUGCCAUCAGACACUCAGGAUCAGCCUUCUCAACCACUACCACCUGUCAGCAAGAGACAGAUUUACAAUUUCAUUGCAGAUGCUGUUGAAAAAGUGUCAGACAAAGUUGUUUAUAUUGAUAUCAAAGAUAGCAGGAGGAGGUACGGUGGCAAGAGAAUUCAGACAAUAUCCAAUGGAUCUGGUUUCAUUGUUUCAGAAGAUGGUCUUAUUCUUACCAAUGCUCAUGUUGUCACCAAUAGGCCAAGGUCAAGCAUGGUUGUGGUACGACUUCAAAAUGGCAAAGAAUAUGAAGGCAUUGUGGAAGACAUAGAUGCUCUCUCUGAUUUGGCUCUAAUUAGAAUAAAGUGUAACAAUCUCACUCCUAUAACAUUUGGAACAUCAAGUAGUGUAAGACCAGGGGAGUUUGUUGCAGCCUUAGGAUCUCCAUUAUCACUGUCCAAUACCAUCACUGCUGGAGUGGUCUCUUCUGUCGGCCGUGGCAGCAAGGAACUUGGUUUGAGAGGAAAAGAUAUACAGUAUAUACAAACUGAUGCCACUAUUACUUUUGGUAAUUCAGGUGGGCCACUAAUCAACAUGGAUGGGGAAGUAAUUGGCAUCAACUGUAUGACAGUCACAUCUGGAAUCUCUUUUGCUAUCCCCAUUGACUAUGCUAAAGAGUUUAUAACAAAGUCUGCAAAGAAAAAAUCUGAGAUUGAAUCAAGCUAUUCUGACCGCCGUCGCUACCUUGGUGUGACAAUGUUAACCCUUACACAAUCAAUCUUGCUGGAGCUUCAGGCCCGAGGUAGUGCUCCUCAGAAUGUUCCUGCUGAUGUCACACAUGGAAUAUUUAUCUGGAGAAUUGUUAUUGGCUCUCCAGCAUACCAGUAAGUAUAAGAAUUACUAAAU